AUGGGAGCCGUGCUCGGCCUUCCCGCGUGUGCCGCUUCAUUGGCCUGUUGUUUCGGCUCAUCGGCUUGCUCUCUGUGCUGUGCAGCAUGUCCUUCAUCGAAGAAUUCAACAACUACACGAAUCAUGUACGCACUGAUGUUGCUGAUUGGAACUAUCGUCUCGUGCAUUAUGCUCUCGUCAACAAUUCAGCACAAGUUAUCUGAGAACAAUUGGUUUUGCGACGGCCUGGAAUCGUUUGCCAGUGUUUCGUGUAAACACGCUGUUGGAUUUCAAGCCGUUUACAGAGUUUGCGUCGGUAUGGCUUCGUUUUUCUUCCUCUUUACACUGCUCAUGUUUGGGGUGAAAACAUCGCGUGAUCCAAGAGCUUACAUACAAAAUGGAUUUUGGUUUUUCAAAUAUCUUUUGAUGGGCGGACUGAUUGUCGCUUAUUUCUUCAUGAGCAGCAAGACGCUUGCUAGUCCUUUAAUGUGGGUGGGAAUGAUUGGAGGAUUUCUCUUCAUUCUCAUUCAAUUAAUCCUGAUUGUCGAUUUCGCGCAUGGGUUAGCCGAAAGUUGGAUGGAAAAGUACGAAGAGGAAGAAUCUCGAGCCUGCUAUGCAGGAUUGCUUACUUUCACAGCUGGGUGUUACGGACUUGCGAUUACGGCGACUGUGUUGAUGUUCGUCUUCUAUACUACGGGCGGCUCAUGCGUUCUUCCGAAAUUCAUCAUUUCUUUCAAUAUGCUUCUCUGUGUUGCCAUAUCGGUGCUGGCAGUUCUUCCGCGAAUUCAGGAAAAUAUGCCGCGAAGUGGACUGCUGCAAUCCGCGAUCAUUUCUUGCUAUGUGAUGUAUCUCACUUGGGCGGCUUUGACGAACAAUCCAGACAAAGCUUGCAAUCCAUCGCUCAUCAGUAUUAUUGUGCCUGCUAAUGGAACAACUCCAUCACCAAAAGACGAGCAAUAUGGUACACCAAUGCCUGCAGUAUCGCUUGUCUCACUUGUUCUUUGGUUCUUGUGUCUCCUCUAUGCGUCGAUUCGCAAUUCAACAAAUACAUCGCUCGGCAAGAUCACUGGAGGCACUGGAGAUGGAAGUGAGAGCAUUGCAAUGUCCGAUAGGGAUCCUAUCGUCUCAGGCGGGGAUGAGGAAAGUGGUGGACACGCUGGAUCGAAAGUUUGGGACAACGAAGGGGAUGGAGUAGCAUACUCGUACUCGUUCUUCCACUUUAUGUUUGGACUGGCCUCGCUUUAUGCUAUGAUGACGCUCACUAGUUGGUACAGCCCAUCAUCCGACCUUCGACAGCUAAACGCAAAUAUGAGCUCUGUAUGGGUGAAGAUCGUCUCGUCAUGGAUGUGUGUCGCUUUGUAUGCUUGGACUCUUGCCGCUCCAUCGCUCUUCCCAGAUCGCGACUUC